AGUUGACCAUAUGCCGCAUAGCUCUAAACGGACGCUUGUGAUCAAUGGCUAGCAUAAAAACGGUUGUAUAAUAGUGACACAAAAUCGCAGUUGUACACAUUAUUGCGACCAUUUUUUGCACCCAUAACAAGGAGAUCUAGGAAGUCAAUAAAGUAUUGUAGUAUCGAGGUUACUAUAAUGAGCUAAAUAGCAAGUUGGCUAAUCACCAUUUCAUAUAUCAAUUAAUCUUGGUGGUACAUUUCUUGCAUUCUUUUGUGAACUGGUCUUUCUGUGGUUUGCAAAACGACUUUGUAAACAGCAUUUCUUGUGCUCAUUCACCAAUAUCUUUCCUCUUGCCACCAGGAAAGACAACUUAGCAAGCUCUAUGAAUAAAGAUAGCUACAGUCCCUGUUCGGGCCGGGCACUGCCCAGUUACUCGGAGAUGGCCUCGGAUUCACCCGAGUCUGUGGACUUGCAUUUCUUUCCCGACUCUGCUGAUGCACACAUUGCACCAGAAGUUGAAUUAAUAGGAUCUGGAUUGAUUUCUCCAGAUACAGAAAAGUUUCCUAUUCUACCUCCUAAAUCAGUAGUUGGAAGCAGAAUGUCAGACCCUCAUUCCCAUAAGAGCGUCGAGGGUUAUUUUCUCUCCCACAACGUUACCUCUUUCCUUGAAUGCAUAGUUCCUUUCCAGUCGGUACCAUCCAUAUCAAAUGAAUCCAGUUGGGCUGAUACUUUGUUGGAAAAGAAAUCAUCUCCAGCACAGAUCAACACUUCAAAGCCCAAGAAAAACUGUUACACCGUGAAGAAGCGCCCCAGACUUAGUGUAAGUCAUGAUUUGGAUAAAAUCAAUGGAUCAACCAAAGCUUCAAAAAGGCCUAAGACAAGUAGCAGUUUCUUUGGGAACAAGAUUCAGAACGCAGCUCCCUUUGCCCCUAGGGACACAGUUAUUCAAUAUCUAGACUACCAAAGGAGCAAUCGUAUUGUUAGAAAGCUUGGGAGCGGCUUUGAGAAGACCAAAAUGGAAAAGAAGCUCCAGAUUGAACCAUUUAGUAAUAAAGUGUAUGAUGGUAAUAAAGAAAAACUGAACCAGAAAUUGAACUGGACUGUUGAGCCUUACAAGCUAAAUUUGAAAAGAGCCAAACCUAACAAGAGUGUGAUUAAUUGGACAAGGAAGAAGUACCCCAUGAGUAAACUUUUGGAGACUAAACGGGGCCUUAUGGAACAAAAUCAGCAGGGAGCAAAAACAACUAAACUUAUGUGUGAAGCUGAAAUGAUUAGCAAACUCGCUUUCGAUAUUGAAGUGCCCUUAGAUUUUAACUGGGCAGAGAGUGGAGCUAGAACUGAUGCUGGCGAUGAUGAUUUCUUUUCCCACUUUCUGCGUAUGGACAAGAUCGAACCUUUAGUUGUAGAAAGCAAGAGCAGUAAAGCUGAUAGGUCCAAGGGAACUCAUGCUGUGGAGAAAUUUCAAUAUCUGUGAUGGUCCGCCAGAAUCGCAUAAAAGGAAAGACUGAAACAAGUAAUACGAACAUGAAGGAGAAACCUUAGUUAGUAUCUCUGUUAAAGAAGUUCUAGAUGUAGAAGCUAUUAAAAGGCUACCAAGCCGAUAUAAGUGACCCAGUAGACCCAUUGGUUUGGAUGCCAGUGAUGUCAACAGACUUAGACGUCCAAGACGUAUCAAGCCUAUCACUAACCUUGAAUAUUAAUAUUCUCUUCAAAGAAUGCCCCAGCUUAAACUCGUAUUGGUAACUAUGAUAAAAGGCAUGCACGCAAGUAUUUAAUUCCUGAAAGGAACCCUUGAUAUU